AUGUCGCAGAGGAAGGGGUCCAGGGCCUCCGGGGACGAUCCCGAGGAGCUUUCUCGGGUGCCGUUGCAGGCUAUCCUCCUGGCCGACAGCUUCACCCAAAAGUUCCGGCCCAUUACACUCGAGCGUCCUAAAGUAAGUAGCAGCCGCAGGCUCUUGCAUCUGCUUCCUUGGUACCCUUCCUUUAAGUGCCCUCCAAAUUUCGCGCUGCCUGUUGUGGUUGGAUACUUAGUGGUGGCUUUUUAUGCGAGUCCAUAGGGUUUCUGAUGAAGCAAAAACUUUCUCUAAUUGCAUGCUUCUGUCUCCAAUCAAGAUAAUUUGGAACAAAACGUUCUUGUGUCUACUUUCUAGACAACUGAAAAUGAGAUACUAAUGUUUAUCAUCUGUUUUUACGUUCUUCGUCGAAAAGUUCAUCUCUUUUAGUCAUCAGCGUAAAUAUAACGCAAUUUUCUUGCAGGAAUUUUAAUAAUAAGGCUGGGAAAUCUUCCUCUCCCAUGUGAACUUACGAAAUUUAUGUCACAUUGUAUUUUUUUUUGACUUAGGUGCUCCUGCCAUUGGUCAAUGUACCCAUGAUAGAGUACUCCAUGGUAUGGCUUGAAUCUGUUGGUGUAAAGGAGGUUUUUGUAUUCUGUUGUGCUCAUGCAAAACAAGUGAAAGACUAUUUACAAGUGGCCGGAUGGUUGAAUCAACCUAGGUUUUCUGUCAUGACGAUAGAGUCUCAAGAUUCUAUUAGUGCAGGGGAUGCUCUCCGUGCAAUUUAUAACAAAAGUGUGGUACGUGCGUACUAAACUCAGUAAUAUUUAUGUUAGUUUUUUAAACGCUUCAGGGUAUUUAUAUCUUUGCAUCUUUUAUCUACGCUCAUGAAAAUAUAGUCGCAAUUUAUUGGAAGUAAUUUUCUUCGCCAUGGAUUCCUUUUUAAUCAACCGCAGACUGACAGAUGGAUUCCUUAAAUGCACAUGCUUUAGGGAACUUCAUGACAGUAUUUGAACAAUUUCCGUGCAUCUAUAUGUGCGGAUGAGAUGCCACCUGUAAAUAGGCAAAUCCAAUAAAGAUCAUAUGAAUUUGGCAUUUUAUGAAGUCUAUAGUCUGGAAUGUCGGAGACUAAUCAUUCAAAAGUUUAGAUACAACGUAAAAUUAUGGCAAAAAUUGCAUCUAGAUGAUAAAAAUGUCAUAAACGAGGUAAUAUUUUGGCAUAAUAAUGUUGGGAUAAAAACACUCUUUGUUCAUUUUGUUUCGCUAUGAUGCUUUCAGGAAUAUGUGAUCUACAGUUUAGCACGUUGGUGGACUGCUUCGUCUCCUCUUUAUACUUACAAGCUCAGGCUUCUUACGGGCUUUGGGUCAUUGGAUUUAGAUCUUAUAUAAACGGAUGUUUGGUGAAGGUUUGGAGUGAUGUGGUCUCUACGUUCUUACAAACUUGGCAAUGGCGUAGUGUAAAAAUGUCCUUAUGUGCCGAUAGGUCAAACCAGUAAAAUUUCCUUGAGUGUGGUAUUCAUUCAUUAUGGCAAUUAUAUGUGGUGGGGUAUAAAAACCAUCAUAAAUCAUUCAUAAAAUAACUCAGUGGUAGAUCUAGACAUUCAGGUAAAGUUCAGAAACGGUCAUCCAAUUUUUUUUGACAUGUCCCCGGUUCAGGUUGAUAGUGUAUCUUUAUCUGAUCAUAUUAUUCAGGAGGAAAUUUGUGAUCAAGGGCUUAAAAUUUAAAACGACUUGUUUAAUGUUUUAAACAGGAAAGGGCAUCUUGUACACAAGCAUCUUCUUUUUAAUGGAUCGAUGAAAUGUGUGUUAUAUAGUUUUAUAAUUAUUUUUUGGAUCUUUAAUUGUGGGCAUAAGGCGAGUACAUCUGUACUUUUUGAGAAGUGGGAGAUUUUUACUGUUUUGGCAAUAUAAUUUAUCUGACGGCAUCUCUCUCCUCUACUACUAUAAUUAAUGCCAUUAUUUUAGAGACAUUGUACAUUGUGUUGGAUAAAUCAAUUAUUAUUGGAUCUUGAGACUCAUGGUUUCUACCCCAUCUUUGAUAUCCUUUUGGAUGAUUUUUACGUAUUACUGACGUAAUAUUUUCAUGUCAUGUAAGCACGAAACCAAUUUCUAUGUAUCAAGAACAUUUGGGUUUAUGAUGGUGAUCUAGAUUAGCUCGACCCACUGACUGAUCCACAUAUCUGAUGAGGUAUGAUAAUGAUGGCUGUGUGGAAAUUUAAUUUCCAUGUAGCCUAACAUAUAUUAAAUUACCCGUCGUUCUUCACCUCUGUGUUGGGCAAUACUCAACAUUUUCUCCCUGAGCCGCACUCCUUAAGAUUUUAGUUGUAGCCUAGUUAUAGAUGUCUCACGUGUUUUUCCCAUGUAGUCAUAAAAUUUUCAUAUACCCCCCCCCCCCCCUUUUUCCUUCAACAGAAAGUAAUCAAAUACAUGGCAGUUGGACCAGUUGCUUUGAGCUCAAAAAGGGACAGAUGGAUUGGCGGUGUUUUCAUAAAAAAUGGGGUUUAUAUGUUUUCAAGUGGCCAUAGAGGCUUUCUUGGACAAGAAUGUGAUUAACUAUUAAGCUAAUCAUUGGUCAGGUGGAUAAAAUUUAUUUCACCUUCCCAUGAUGCAACACAACUCCCGUAUUCAUGAAAUUAAACAUCUCACUCACCAUAUAUCUCCCCACAUUUAUUGUAUUAAUUCUCUCUUUGUCUGUGUCUAAAAAUCCCUGUUUAAUUGGUGCAUUAUCUUCCUUAGGGAAAUAUCAGUCAUUCUUUAAUUAAACUCCUGUACCACGACAUGGGUAUUUUCUCAAUGAAUUUUACGUUAUAGUGUCUCAAAAAAAAAAAAAGAGAACUCCUAGCAUACAACAGUUAAUCAUAAAACAUCAGUCCGCUGGAUAGGAAUGUUAUGGAAACACAAAAGCAUAAGAAAUCUCAAUAUUUUAUAAAAAAUAGACCCACUAGAUAGGAGAACGAUGAGAUAGAUAGAUAGAUAAUAUUUAGAGAGAGAGAGAGGUUACGACCCCCUGAAGAUUUGGUUUUGUGGUUUCAACAAUCUUGAGAUCCUCUCUCCACUGACUGUUUUUCAGUCCUUGCUUAUUGUAGUGUAACUCUUUUCUUUUAAACUUUUGGAUAUCAAUCUGAGUACAUCGUAUAUUUGGUUUCAAACUUUUAUAUUUGCAUCCGAGUUUAAUGUAUGUUUUUCUUUGAAGAUUCGAGGAGACUUUAUCCUUAUAAGUGGUGAUACGGUGAGCAAUGCGGCCCUGGUGAAGGUGCUUGAAGAGCACAAGGAAAGAAGGAAAAAAGAUCCACAGGCUAUAAUGACCAUGCUAGUGAAGGAUGUUAAGCCAUCAUACUUGACUCAUCAUACUCGCCUUGGUAACGAUGAAAUUUUCAUGGCAAUUGAUCCUGUGACAAAACAGCUUCUGUAUUAUGAAGACAAAUCUGAUGAUUCAAAGCCCAUAGUUUCACUUGAUAAAACACUCUUGUCUGACAACUCUGGUUUUUUCUUCCACAACAAUAAGCAGGUUAUUAUCACGCUCGGUUUUCCUUUAUAGUUACAUGAUCAAUUAUCUUUGAUAGUUGUAAUGAUGCCUUCUUGGUUCUCUUUGUUGCCUUAGAAGUGUGAGAUCUCAUUGAAGACGGUACUGGAACAUAUAGAAAACGUUUGAUACAUAUUUGGUCAUUUUGUAACUUAAAAUAUGCCGUUCUCUGCAUAUAUUUUGGAGUUGUUUUUGCCUUAGCUCUUGGCCUUUCCACACAUGCUAAAGAGGUCAUAGACAAAACCAAUAUUAAUGUUUCUUGGUUACGUUCCGUAAUCAUUAUGACGUGCUACUUUUGCUUGAUCACUAAUGGCGAAAGCUCUCAACUACUGUUCUUUUUAUCCAUUUGACUAGCAAUGUCAGAUUAAAGUAUCUGAUAUUAAUGAUAAGAAGAUCUCCAUUCUCUUUUAGGGUGGAUAUCCUUCUGCAGCUUAUAUCAUGCUGUCCUUUACACAUGCGUCCGUUCGUACCAGUAGAACAUAGCUUGCAUUGUCUCCUUGCAGUGUAGAUACUUCAAGUGGAGACAAGUCUUCUGUCCCACAACCUGGAAGAACAACUAGGCUAUUGGAUCUAUUGGCUUUUUCUGGAAGUUAUAUUAUCACUCUGGUAUUUAAAUAAGAAUAUGAUAGGGUCAGCCAUCUAGUUCUUGUAAAUUAGCUUUAAUGUGCAAUUAUUGCACCAUAAUGUUGAACAAAACCCACCCGUGUGUUUGUUUAUCUUUACUCUUCAGUAAAGAGUGUUUACAAAACAGCGAAAAGGGGGACAUUAAAAUCUUCUUGCAUUUUGAAAAUCGAUUAGGAUAUGCUAUAUGAUGAAAAAAAAUAGUAUCCUGAAACAGUUAUAUGCUUGAAUUCUGUGGUCAGCAGGCUUGAGAAGUUUAUUUAUUGCAUUUUACUGCUAAAGUAAUUUGUUUUUAACUUAAUAGCAAACAUGGAAAGUGGUUAAACAGAUUCUUUGAUAUAUCAUUGAAGCUUGAAAUAAUCGACAAACCCGCUGAGCAUUUUUUUGUAAUAGAAAUAUAUGUUCAAACGCUGAGCGUUUAUUACAAAGGUACCUUCAUUUAGUCACCCUAUAAAUAAUUUCUUAAAAUCCCUAUUGUAACUUUUCACUGCUGUUGCUGGUAUUUAAUCUUUGAGCUUUCAAUGAUGUUCUCUGAACUUUUAGACGUCUCCCCGCUUUUCACUGGAGGGAAAAAAAUGAAGAAGUAUUUAACAUUUAGUUUUUUUAUUUUUGAAAGUGGAUAAUACAGUAUGAACUAAAAUCCAAAGAGAGAUGAGGAUGUAUGUGUCAAGAUGCCAUGAAAAUUUCUUGUGUACAAUCACAGGUGCUAAACUGAGGUGGUGAGUUAUAUUAAACAAUAAGCUCUCCCAAACUGAACUGCAUUUCUCUCCCACUGCAACAUUCCUUUGCCCAGUCACUCUAUCGCAAGCACUUUUGAUCACUCUCUAGUUAAUAUCGCCUCUAGGACAUUGGAUCGUUUCUAUUGUUCCACAUUUGUCAAGAAGUCUUGCACAUACUUCUUAUUCCUCGUUGGAUGAUUACAUGACCCUACUCACUUUUUAGAAAGGGGCCCAUCAAUUUUUGGCCCCUCUGAGUAGUAUCACCAAUGCCAGCAUGCCCAUGUUUCCUCCACUGUCCUGGUGGAUAAUAUCACAGGUCUACUUUCUAAAUUAGCCUCUGUCAUAUUUAUCGUUAUAAUGGAGAUCUGAUGUGUAAACUCUCCAAUAAGUUUUCCUCCACACAUAGAUCAUAUUAUUUUAAUGUUCUCUGUUAAGGAAGCCCAUCAAUCACAAGUUGGUACUUUUCUGUGUGAAAUGCUCCACAUCGAAAUCCCAACCUUCAUUAUGUUUAGAGAACCGAAAAUCAGAACCUAAAGCGUGCAGGGAAUACUUAGUUGAACCUUUUUCUCCAUCUGUGCUAUGCUGUUGAUCUGUUAUUACGUUGUUCAGUUAAAACCUUGCCAAAAAAUUGCUUUUUCCUUUCAAAAUAUUAUCAUUCUUGUUCCAUGGGUGUUGCUGUACAUCUCUGUGUCUUCUGUUGUGUUAUCUCGAUAGGUAUACUAUGAUCAUCACAGGUAAACCUUAGAAACGGAACGUAGAGUAAUGGUGGUUUUUUGCUGACCAUAGGCUUUAGUAUCAUUGUAUUCAUUGCCUUAUCAAAUGGAUGUGGAAGAACCCUGACAGAAAGAUACUGUUGUGUUCAUUUUGAUGUUUUCGCUGUGAUCUACUUGUGCAUGUACAUCAGUCUAGAAAUUUAAGAAUGAAAAUCGUUAAAGUGAAUGUUGUGAUUUUUGUGCAGGACUGCUAUAUUGAUAUUUGCUCACCAGAAGUUCUUAGUCUUUUCACGGACAAUUUCGACUAUCAACAUCUCCGCCGUCACUUUGUAAAGGGCUUGCUUCUUGAUGAUGUAAGCUGUAUUAUCCUCAACUAAUCAUCUGCUCUUAUUUGGCCUUGUAAAUGCUUUGGCUCUCUAUAUUUGUGUGUAAUCUUCUUUUACUGGUGUUUAUUCUUUUAGUAUUUUCUGUAAUGAAUCCGUGGAGUGUAGUUUUAUAGCCCUCUCUGAUAAUUUUUUCCUGAAUUUGAUUAUGAGCCUAUGACCAAUUGAGUUUUCAAUCAGUAACUCUAUUAUUUUUAACGUUUUUUUUCUGAUUUUCGUCUGUAAAAAAAUUGUAGCUUGCUGCAGUUUUGUGUGAAAUUUCUCGUGUAAUGUGAAUCUCUGGCAAUUCUCAGGGGUGUGGGGUUGAUAAGAAUUCAAAGGCGUAAUGCCAGUGGGAGAGGGAUUCGUGGAUAGUAGUGUGAAUCCCAUAUAGGUAUUAUAAACAUUUGUUAGCCAACGGUGCGUAGAGGUGAGGGACUAAAACUUACACCAGGCAUCUCAGAGAUAAUUUGAACUCCAAUGGUUUUUUCUGGUUCGGAGUGGAGCAUUAAUGGGCAAGAUGCAAGAAUUUUAGUGUAUGCAGGUGCUCCUAUCUAUUAAAUUCAAAGCAAUGGAGUCACGCUCUACAUUGAUGAGAAGGUGGUUCUUAAUUUUCAGAAAAAAAAUUAAAAAUAAAGCUUGUGCUUUCAGGUAACUGAAAAUCUACAGGGGUUGUUGUUGUUGGAGUUCGUGACACAUUCUUGCUUCCAAAAUUCCAGUAGUAAGAAUGAGAACGUUUUGCUUGUACCUGUGUGAACGCGUUGACAUAGAUGCUCUACUGUUUUAGACAUUUUUCCUGAAUUAAAGUCAUCAUAUUGUUAGACAGAUGAUGAAAGCAAACAACAUAAUUUUUCAACAUUAUAAUGUAUCAGUGUUUGAUUGAAGGUAGAAACCUGGAUGGGUAAAAAAGCCAUCCGAGGAAUGAGUUAUCAUUUGGGCACCAACAAACUGUUUCGUUUGUGCAUCAUGUGGAAUUUGUAAUCAGAAAAAUGUCUCAAAGAUGAUGAAAUAUACAGGCUUGCGAAACCAUUGUGAAUUUGGUUGAGACUUUUUCAUGUAGCUCUUUGGGGAAGACGAGCAGAAUCAAAGUAUAGCUUAGUUAUAGUCAUACUAAUUCAGAUAUCAAUUUUGGUUUUAACGGUAGGCUAGAAUGCUGGGGUACAGAUGUGCGGAUUUUCUGCUAAAAAAUUGGUAUCCCCUCUUUAAGAUGGAACUACUGGAAACAAGAUUGAAAUGAAUUCUCUGGCAUUCAACUUCUUGUCAUUUGCUUUCUUCCCAACAAUUUUUGAAAUAUGUUAGGAAGCUAUUGGAUGCACAUAUUAAGAAAUGUGGCAAAAAAAUAGGAAUCGCUUACAAAGUCUUGGGUUCAAAUAGGUGUAGUGAUUUGUCUUUGAAGGAAUGUCACUCGAAGAGAAUUUGUGGUCAACCACAGUGCUGAUACUCCUCUUCUUUCGAGAAGCAUUAUCAAUUAUGUGAACUUUCUUGCAUCAUGCUCAUCAGUACAACUUGGUAAUGAAAUAUUGAUCCUUCUUUAAUGAGUUAAAGACAAUGGAGGAACGUAUAUGUGUGCAGUCAGUGAACUAAAGAAUCACAUCUCUAAUGGCCGUGUCUUACACCAAGAUGAUGUGAGUAACUAAAACUAGAGAUAAAUAUCCCUCCAUUUUUAGACUUUUUACGCUCAUUUCUUAUCUACAGUAGCCGUCUUUGCUUGGGCCUUUUAUUGGUUUUCGUGCUUUAGGCAGGUAAUCAGAUAAAGUUAAAAGCUUGUGUUUGAUGUCUUCUUUUUGAAUUCUAUUAUUUUCUUCAUACUCAGAAAUGAGGAAUUAUUUUUCAUUAUUUUUUCUUCUACUUCAGAUUAUGGGAUAUAAAAUUUUCACGCAUGAAAUCAAUGGCAGUUAUGCUGCGAGAGUUGAUAAUUUUAGGAGCUAUGAUACCGUUAGUAAGGACAUACUCCAAAGGUGGACGUAUCCACUGGUCCCAAAUGCUCAGUCUUUUGGAAAAUGUGGGCAGGUCAUGCUUGAAAGAGAGGGUAUUUAUAAAGCCCCGGGUAUGUGCAGAAUUUUUAUCAUAAAUCCUGACUAGCAGUUUUUUUUCUUUUGUUCUGACUUCACUUGUUCUGUAACACCAAUCAUCUCAUGCGAUUGCAUUCUCUAUACUAUCCAAAGUUUUUUUUUUAAAUUAGGCGGACGUGCGUUUUUAAUAGGAAGAGCUGAGUUUCAUUACUCUCGAAAUCGUUUCCAUUAUUCUAUCAGGAUUCGAUCUAUAAUCAACGGGCUACUUCGCAUAUAUUUGUUGGAGAUUACUGAUAUGGAUGUUCUGCUGAUUAUCUAGUGUUAACACAAAAUACUUCAUAAAUAUAACAUGCACUUUAGUUGGAUGAAAAUAUUCUCGUUUGCUGAAAUCUGAAAUUGUCUAGAUAUCUAGUAUCCUCUCAAACAGUUUUUUAGAAGUUUUGUGAAACAUUUUUUUGGCUAUGAUUCCGUCUCAAUGUUUAUGGAAAUUUCUCCUCUAAAAUUUGCAGGUAAAUCGUCUAAUAUCAGGCCAAUCACUAUUUUUAUGAUGCAGUUUUUUUGUUGUUUCUUUUCUAAUCUUACCAGCUGUUUUAAUAUAAACUUUGGACGCGGAUAUUUCUUUGAGGCGCAAUGAAAAUCCAAUAUAUAUGUCAAACUGUAUUUUUGUUAUGACCAACGUUCUAGAUUGAAAUCAAAACUUUCAUUAUUUUUAUCGAUAGAAGUUUGAAGUAGUGCACAUCAUGUUUUACCAUAUAUGUAAAAGGCAUCAUCAUGAGAUAUGUUAAGGGUUUUUAUCUUUUGAAGAGGAGCUGCGAAUUAAUUACAUCGUAAGUUCCUAUGAUUAAAUUCACGUAGUUGAACCUUUGGGGAGAGGGUAGCUCAGUCAGAGUUUGCCAGAUUCCUGGUUUUAUAGAUUUAACAUCUCCAAAAAUUGCUGAGAUUUUCAACUUCAUAAAUACUAUAACGAUUGUAGGUUUUACUCGUUCUGUGCAUCUGCUUGUAGUUCUCAGUGAUUUUUCAUUUCGUGAUAUGAUUUAGCCCAUUGUAUACCACCUUAAAAAAAUUGCCUCGUUGGUCUUUAGUUGUGCCAAACAAAGAUUCUCCAGCUUCGUCUUCUGUGUGUGGUUUCAAAUCUUGGGAAAAUCCACGAAUGCCAUCUUAGUUUUAACAAUGGAAAAACAGCUUUCAGUUCUUACAAUCAUAUGGAAUUUAAAUUACAAAUUGCUAAUGAGCUAUAAACUAUGGUAUGAUUCAUUUGAUAUGAUGGAUGGAAAAUGAACUGUAAAUAAUGCUUCUAAAAUCAUGGAUAGUAGAUGAACCUUAAAUUAUGGUGUGAUCCAUUUUGUUUGGGGAGAAUUAAAAACUUUACCAUUUUCCCUUUGAAAAUUGUGUGUUCCAUAUUUUCUGAACUCCUUAGAGAGAGAGACAAAAUAUCUUUCUCCCUUAGAAAGAGAGAUGCUAUUCCAUUUCGACAUUUAUGACAGUUUGUUUUUCCUGGAGAGAAGAAAAGAUGUUUUUAUCCACGUGUAAUGGCUUUUUACCAUUGAUGGAAUAGUACCAUGUCCCACUGAAGAAGAAAGCAUGGCGCCCUGUCUCUUUGCAGUUUAUUGUAAAAGUGAGGCAUUGGCUCUUUCUAGAAUAAAAGUCAGUUGUCUGAGUCGUUUUCUUCAAUAUAAUUUGACUACUAGUAACAAUGUAUUUUCACUUGCAGGUGCAACAUUAUCACACUCUACGUACAUAGGUGGUUUCUCAUUGAUAGGAGAUAGUUCUACAAUUGGGGACUGUAGUAAGAUUUUUCAUUCAGUUAUUGGUGAAGAUUGUAUAAUUGGAAAUAAUGUUUUGAUUGAGAACUCCUAUAUAUGGGAUAGAGUUAUCAUUGAAAAUAAUUGCAAGUUAAGUCACGCAAUUGUUUGUGAUGGGGUUAUUUUGAAGGCAGGUGCUAUUUUAGAACCUGGUGUCAUAUUAUCAUUCAAGGUAAGUUCUCUUAUUGUGCAAGUAUGUGGGAUUAAUUGAUAAUUUAUUUGAUAUUAUAGGUGAUAAAUGUUCUAUAAUGGUUCUGCAUACUAAACAGUUUCUCCACGUCUUAAUUUAACCACUUUCUGUAUCAUGUUUCGUCAACAAUCUGAUAUGAACAUCUGUUAGUUUCAACUUGUUCGACGAUUUGAGGAAUUAUUCCAAAACCGGAUAGGUUAGUAUAGGUUUUAUUGGUAACAUCCUAUGUAUGUUUAAAGUUCCUUCUGCCCUGUACCCACUAAGUAACCUUUAACAAUGCUUGUAGGAAUUAGUUUCUAAUGAUGUUUUUCUGAAUAGGAUGGAUAGGAAACUUCUUACUGUUUGGAAUUAUUAUGGAUUACUUAUAAUGAGGCCGGCUCAAAUUAUCAGUUCUUUCGCAAAUGCUUUCAAGUAUCUCUGGUAAUUCAAAAUUUUUGGGGCAUACAGUUAGUAUUCAUUUCCUAUCUGUAACUUACUGUGUUCUAUCACCUGCGACAGGUGAUUAAUGUUCAAUGUUUCCCCGAGAUAUUGCCGCAGUAGGAAUGAUUUUCCCUGAAUCUAGAAUUGCCCACCAAAUUUACAAUCUUCAUCCUGUCGAAGUACCUUUAACUGAGUAUUGGCAUGUUAUUUUGUCUUUCCCAAGAUCAUAAAUCCACACUUGCGUUAACAACAUAUUACGGUGUAAACCUUUACAUCUCAUCUGUUAAAAGUCACUGUUUAUCGAACUGACCAUUCUUACCUGCUUUCAUUUCCUAAAGGGCUACUAGUCUUCUCAAAAUGUGAAACUGGAUUACUAUGCUUGAACACGCUGAUAGAAAAUAACUAUUUCAAAACAUUUCCCCUGAGAUGGAGGGAAAAGAAGAUUGAUAACUACGUAGAAGCGCUUUUCACUGCCCGUUUUGUCAUAUUUCUCAGGAACAAUAGCCGAGUGAACUUUUACUGUGGCUUAUGGGCAGUUGGCAUCAGAACUUCAUUGAAAAUUUCAAUCUGGCUGUUUAAGCCCUCUUCCACUCGCUACACACUCUUUCCCACUUCUACGAAUGGCUUUCCUUCCCUUCCUUAUUUGUUUCUUUCCAGGCAGAGGAACCCUCUUAUGACUUUAAUUCUCUUCAUGUGGUGAAGAACUCCAGAAAAAUCCAUUUCUUACUUUCCAAUAGAUAAUUGUCUUGUGAGUGCUGUUCCAUCUACAUAUUGGUGCCGUUUGAAUUUUCUUUUAUAAUAUUGAAAAAUUUUACAGCCUCAAAAAUGCGAAAGAAAGUUGUCUUUCCAAGUUAGUUUCCAGUUAAUCUUUCUUAAAAUGUUAUUCCACCGGAUAGGUUAGUAAUCUCGAAUAUUUGACGGGAAAGUUCUAUUUUUUAGCUCUUGCAAAUUAUUUAAUUUUCUCUUGAUUAGAAGAACUAGAAAUUGUAGCCUGUAAUCGUUCAUAGACUGACUGAGCUUCAGUAUUUUGCUCAUAAUUUAACAUAUUAUAAAAAGUGUAACUCACGACCUAGUUGAUCCAUUUUUUAAACCUGGGAUUAGUUUUCGUAGUCUCUUAACUUCUGUCCAAGAAUUCUUACUAUGUAAUUAUUUUCUUUCAAAGUUUAUCCACGAGCACAUGAUACUUUUAUCUCAAUCAAAAGAUUAUUCUUUGCCCAUUGACAAAACAGUUCCCUCCAGCUAAUGUAGAACUGUUUUCGUAGAAUUUGAGUGCAGCACAGUUUUAGUGAAAUUAUUAUACUAUCAACAUUAGGAGGACUAUCAUAACAAAAUGGUACAGAGUUUUCCUUUCUUUAUUGACUAUUACAAUGUUGUUUAAGGUACUGGUAGUUUUUGUCUUAUGUAAUUUGAUGAGUAUGUGAUUUGAAUUAGCCUCCCAAGGGCCAGAUGUGACACCAAAUACCAUAUAAUAUUCAAAUGUUAGCUGACAUGAUCUCCUAACAAGCACUUACUUUUCUUCUUUUUACUUUUCAAUUUCUACCAUUGGUAUUCAAAUCUUUCGAUGCAUUUCAUUGAACCAACUUCUAUCAUUGGCGUGACUGUAAUAUUGUUUCCUUAUUCAGGUGGUAGUCGGGCAGAAAAGCAUCAUUCCUGCUUAUUCAAAAGUCUCUCUACGUCCUCAGCCAACUAUCCAGGAUAGUGAUGAGGAGCUCGAAUAUGCAGAUUCAAAUAGUUGAGUUUAUAGUUGUUGAUUUAAAUUCUUGUGGCUAUUUUUUCUCCUUUUUAAUUUUUAGCCUGAUAUCCGAAUAGCACUGGUGCUUGAUUCAUUUUGGGUGUCGGAAACUGUUCUCACAGAUUGUUUAGAAAUCAUAAAAAAUAUUUUAUUUAAUAAAUUGGCUUAAACAUCCAUACGCUAUGCAUUUAAAUGACUCUGAUAGCUCUGGUUAAGGUCCAUAUAUGAAAUUUAUCUGAAAGCACAAAGGAGCACUUAUGAGGAUUCUAGCUUGUUUAGUUGUCAAAUGAAAAUGAAAAUUUUGGUGCGGAGCUCUUGAAAUAAUUGCAUUGAUAGCAAAUAAAAUUUAUUGAGAACGUUUUCCUGCAUUAAUUUGGCGAAGUUAGUAUGCUCAAAUUUUGAAGGUUUGUUGAUGAUGUACGCUUGGUUCCCAAAUCAUAAGCUUGAAAAUUUUCCCUUUAUUGUCUGAUUUUUUUUCAAACUGCAUCACUUAUGUAAAAACUUACGUUAUGCUGAUUAUCAAAUGAAAUCGUGUUGCAUUUUCAUUAAUCACAUACAUCUCAGCCAACUUGAUCGCUAUGUCACUGAAAACACUGAAAUUUUUCAAGAUUCAGUUCUUAAUAACUGCUGGAUGUCCAAUAUUGUGCCUUUUGUUUGAUGUUUUGAUCUAGAAGCAUCUAGUGAAUAUGUUUCACAAUUACUGCAAUGCAGCAACUCCUCUGGUGGAUUCUUCCUUCACAGAAUUUUCUUCUGUCACUUCUGAGGUAACUUACGUUCCUUUACUGCCAUAAUAUUUAGCCAUAUGCAGCUGUUUUAUGAGAUUUUACUCUCUCUAUGAGCAUUGCAACGGUUUUUUAAUUUGCAAUUUUUUUUUAUAUAUAUUGUACGAGAAAUGUCGUGCAUAUCCAGCUGCCAGCUCUCAGUUUAUCAUUCUCUUGAGCUAGCGUUCUGUGAUGCAUUUGUUUCACUUUAUGUAUCUCAUCUCUCAUAAAGGAAGGUCUGCAAGACGACUACAAACGGACUGUGAUGUAUGUGAGGUCGGCCCUAAAAAGAUUGAGGUAGCCAAGAGAGAAUAGGGACACCUAAGUAGACAUCAUAACUAAUGCUGCAAAUUGCAAUUGCUACGACCAAAUGUUCAAGAAAUAAAGCUUUGCUGCACACGUUCUGUUGAAUAGUUGCUUAAUUUAUUUUUUUUAGGAGAAGAUUGAAGACAGUACUUAUGUUAUUAAAUAAUAAAAAGAUGUGAUCUAUCAAAUGCUUCAUGGAGAUGGCAUACCUCUCGUAAAGGCAUGGUAACACAUUAAGUGGAUGACAUCCUUCAUAUAAGCAUCAACCCACGUUUAGAAGUAAUAUCAAUAUCAGCUUGACUAGCUUCGUAUUAUUAAGUUGAUAGAACCUUCUGAGCUCUUGGAUAAGUAAUCUUAAUAAUGAUUCUCUAAAAUUUUGCUACCCUUAUUAAAAUUUAUUUUGAGGUUGUGCUGUCAGCCUUAAAGAAAUUCUCAAUCGUUUAUUCCAAUUGCUUAUUUCUAUGUUUUGUCUUGGAUUAUUUAUUGUGUCCAUCGAAAUCAUGUCAUCUAUAGUCUGUGCACACAGUAAUGCAAUCAAACUGGCGGGUAAAGAAAGCAUACCUCUGGUAGGUUGCAUUCACUAUUUAGUAGAGGGAGACACCGAAGUUUUUAUAUGAAUAAAAAAUAGAAAAAAAAAAUAGGAAAUGGAAACGAAUAGUAAAAUGGUAAGUUUUCUUCCUUUUUAGCUCCUAGAAGAAGCGAUACUGACUAUUUUGCUCUUGUCUAUGUUAAUAUAAGGUUUUAAAAUAAGCAAGAGUUUGAAAACAACAGGAAGUUUAGUUUCCGGAUGAGAAUUUGGGGAGUUUCAUCUGACCGUUCAAUGGAGUUCCAGGAAGUUGCGAAGUUUGGUGGUUUGUCCAGGUUUAGUUAGCGUUCCACCAUGAUUAAGGUCUUCCAUUGGUAGCUAGAAAUGGGGGGCACGAGGGGGGGGUCCCAAGUUGAUUGGUUCUGAGUUACUUUGGAGAAGUCGAAGUCAUCUGUACAGCGAUGGCUUGAUUGGUAUCAUCACCAUGCUAUGGCCACAAGAAAAGUUUCUGUUCCAUCUACACAAAUUUCCAUGGUUUUUCCAAGUAGAUUGCUUGGAAGAUAGUCUUAUCGGGCAAGAAGCAAAGCAGAGACAAAGGUUGCUGCCUGAUGUCCUGUGCCCAAUUUGGCACUUGAUUGACCAUCUGCCUAUUGAUGAUCUUCAGGACUGGCAUGUCUUCAAUGAAUUGUUUGGUCGCCUAACAGUUGAUUAAUCGUGACUUUGGACUUUGGACUUUGGACUUUGGAGAGAGAUGUCUGAUUCAAAUCUAUCGCCUAAAUCAUGGAAUUGCUUUUCUUUUUAUUUGAUGGAAAAAAUUGGUUUCAGGAUUCCCCCUUGAUCUCUCUGCUGAAUAGAGGACGGAGUUGUCACCUUUCUUGUACUGCGUUUUCCAAUGUAAUGACAUGCAGACACUGCAAGAAAUUACAUACUUCCUUGCAGACUAAUAUCUCUGUGCCUAUGUCUUCUUAAAUGGAAUUUACUAAGAUUUUUAUGCGUUUAGUAUCUCAAAAGUCUUUCCAUUUGCAGUAAUACGGCUAAAUUGAUCUAUUUCCGUUACACUCUUUUCUGCUGUUAUACAUUCGUUUUAUUUAUGUCACAUUUUCUCCUCUUCAUGUGCAUAUUAUACAAUGAAUGAAGGACGGCAUUUCUGGACUUGGCUUCGUUUGGUCCUCUGAAGGAGGGAACGAGGAAGAGUGGAGACAGUCAGUUGCUCCAAUACCUGCGGAGAAACUUAUGAAAUUCUCUGUCAAUGCUUACAAUGAUCUAGAUUCAUCAUAUCCAGAUUCUGGGUUCACUUCAGCUAUGAGAGAGUCGCAGGCAGAAUCUGGGAAUUCUGAUUCCAAUGCUAGUGAUGAUGAGCAUCACAAAGAUGUUGAUUUUGAGGGAGAGGUUUUUAAUGAAUAACUGUGCCUAUUCUCUUUUGCUAUUUUGUUCUUUACUUUGGAGUACAUGAAAUUUGGCUGCUUUCCAGGUUGAAGCCACUUUUAGGAGGGCAGUUGAUGAAGGGAUUGAUGAAGAAAAUGUCAUCCUAGAAGUGAACUCCCUCAAGUAUGUUCCAUAUCAUUUUCCUUCUACACAACAUUGUCAGUAUCACUAGGGAUUGACGCCUGUUUCUGUUACUUUGUUCUUAUCCAUAAUGUAUCAUAUGCUUUGUAAACCUGAAAAUAGGAAUAGGUUUAUUGAUGCAGAGUUUUAAAUAUCCCUAUUUCUAUUUUGGUUCUUGUAUAGCUGGUAUAUUUGUAGCUUUUCUAUUGGUGUUAUAGUAAUUUAUGCCCGCAUAAGUACUGGACCAUUGUAUUGACUAAUUUUUGGUAGUUAUAAUUUGUAUCUCAGAUUAAAAAAAUUAAGCAUGCCAUUUAUUGUUUCAUUGAGUUCAAAAAAUAGGUUAGAAAUCACAGUGUGAAGUCCAUUUUUUUUGUGAUUACUAAAUUUAUUUGAUGUGAUUGGUUGAGUCUUUUGUCCCUUUUUGUUACAAGACGCUAUUCUUUUCUUUGUUGGCACUAGUGCUUUCAAAGCAAGGUUGUUUUGAUUUUUGCUUUUCAAUUUGUUUCUGAAUUAAUUUUUCAUGGCUUUCAUGAAAAGAACUUGAAACAUAGAGUAUAAAUUUAAUGUCGUAAUAAUUAGACAUUUGCAUGUCUCCAUUACCUUAUAAAAAUGUAGACUUCUUGCCACGACUCAUUGCCUAUGAGGUAACGAGUCAUGGCGGAAUGAGAGAAUUACGCACAAGAUGAAAAUUAUAGAUUUUUUAGAGAAUGAAAUUGAAAAAUUCUUUAAACAAUCCGCAGAAAGAAUUUUUAUCAGAAAAUUCCUUACCUGAUUCGAUUCUGGAUUCCACACAUUUUAAUAUUAAUGUUGAAAGUUUUUAACGUUUUCCUUUUGGUUUACAUAGUUAUUUCUUGUUUUAUUGUUUUGGACUAUGAGUUGUCUAUCAUUGAUCCAAAGAUUGGUGCUUUUUUUUUUAACAAAUCAGAUCUCUUGCAUGAAUAUAUUUGAGUUUUGAGUAAAAAAAAAUUCAUCUGCAAGUUCACUUAUUAAUAGCUUUGGAACUGUCUACUUUUUAUGUCAGGCUGGCAUACAAUGUGGAGCAUACUGAUUGUGCUGGUGGCUUAUUUUACGCAAUGUUGAGAUUGGCUUUAACUGUUCCCCAUAAUACAAACAGUGCGUUAUUUUUCCUUAAAACAUUCUUUUUUCAUUUAGUUAUUUGCAAAUUGUCCAGUUCACCAGUGCAUGCUGUGUACAGGGAGAAACGUCCUUCUGUCAGUCAAUGCUCAGUCUUUGUUAAAGCUCUGAUAACGAAAUCUAUUACUUAUAGAGUUGGUCGUUUUUCACCUUCUUGAAUUUUAUCAGAUUCAUUAACACUAAUCUCGUUUUUAUAUGGUUUUAGAUUUUCUUGGGUCAAAUGAUUUUCGUCAAGCUAGCAGAACUCAUUUUUUUGAAAGAUCAAGUUGUGUCCUGUUCAAGCAGCAAGCUGUUCAACUUUUUGUUUGAAGACUGGUUCCAUUGUUUCAAAAUGUAGUCCCGAUCAGAUUUUCAUCUGGAUUGACUUUCAUUCAUUUUCUACUAGACUCGGUAUCAUACGUUGGUAUGGUCAAUCUAGCUUAGUUAAAGUUACGUCUUGGUCCAAGCUGGUGCAUGUCUCCGAACCCAAUUUAUUUGGAUUUCUGUUCUCUGGGUUAAUAUUUAUUCCCAAAUUCGCGUAUCGUGCCUAACCAUCUUCUGAGGCCUGAGAAAUGAAAAUUUCCUUUCUGAGGAUCUCAUCUCGAACAUUGGAGCAGAGAGGAAUUCUGACUCACUUUUAGUGUUUCUAAAGGUUACUGUUCAUAUUUUUCUUCUUAUGUUUGGUUGUGAGAGACUGGGGGUAGAAUUUAGUAAGCCAUACUCUCUUGUUCAGAUAUAGCUCAGAUGGAGAAAUCAAUUAUUUUAUACCUUCGGAGGGUAGUAAUCUGUUUUUAGUGGCUAUCUAAGACUUGUUAACAUCAAUGUCGAUGCUUUACUUCUUUACUAAUUAUGCUAUAUGAUUUAAAUACAAUGUGCAGUUGAACUCCUUGAGAAAGCUAGAGAGGUGAUUACCCGUUGGAAAAGUCUUCUAAAGCAUUACAUGAAAACUGUUGAUGAGGAGGUCUGACGAGUAAUCUUUCAGCCAAUGGCUUUUUUAUUAAUCUCGUAUUGCCUUUUAUAUUUUGUAACCUUUCUUCAUAUUUGUACUUUCAGUAGCCUUUUCUUUUUUCUGCUGAUGACCUAUUCUAGUCAUCAUAUUAGAAAAUAUCCCUUUAUUUCUGUUUUUCUGUGAUAACAUUCAUAUGAUGGAAAUUUAUUUACUGAUAUAAAAAAUUUGUUAGAUGAUAAUUUGAUAUUUUUGAUCAAAUUGCUUUUGGAUGAUGUGAAUACAAAAGGCUCUUCUCGAGAAAUUGAUUCGAUGAAUUAAAGGUGGGAAUUGAUUAAGGGGAGGGUAACAGGAUCAAACCAUUUCAUUUCAUCUUUAUAUGAUUAGCAAUAUAACACCAUGCGAAUAUCUUGAUAUAUCAGAGAAAAUUUCUAAGGCACAUAUAGCUAUAACGUUUUACAGUAAGUUUUUAAGUGCUGAUUAUAAAAUCACUAUUUGCUUUGUAAACACUUUUUUGGGCGGUUUUUUGAGUAAUUACUCCUUUAUUAUCCAUCACUUAGUUUUUGAUCCUUGACACUGAUGUGCAGGUGGAAGUUAUACUGAAAUUUGAAGAAAUGUGUCUGGACAUGGAAUCGACUAGAGAAUUCUCACCGUUGUUCACAAGGGUAUCUUCUUACAUUAGGAAAGAAAAGUUUUACUGAUAAAUUCAUAUUUAUUUCAACUAUGAGUGUGUAAUUUGGUGGAUAACAGUGAUCCUAUAUAUGUAUGUAUGAAAGUAGUCUACUUUAAAAUUUCAUAUGCUGAAUGUUAAAUUUUUACCGGUUUGUCAAUAAUCUGGUUCAUUUGUCAUUUUUUAGCAAGUACAUGGACGAAUUCCGUGAUCUAUGUGUUAUGUCCUGUUUGAUGACUAAUCCCUUCCCUUUUAUUAUCUGUAUGUAUGAAUCUAGUAGACAGCAGUUUUAUGUAAUGGGUAAAGUAUUUGACUUAAUCAACGUUGAAGGUACAUGCCAGUAUCAUGUUCUGACUUCGGUUUUCUUUAAAUGAAUCAAUCAGUUCAUGGGAGUACGGACAAUUCAAGGAGUGAAGACAACCUCCUAUCAGCACAAAAAGAGAUUUUUUGUUGAGAAGCCUUUGUAUACCAGUAGAAUUCUAUGACCCACUGCUUUGUGGGACCUGAUUUUCAAUGCAGGAGCAUCUGUGCACUAACCUCCGAGCAAAGAGGUGAAUAGAGACAAGUUCCGAAGAGACAAGGAACUCUUUUGUGCACAUAGUGAGUCUGUAAUACCAUGGGUCGGUGGAACAUUCCAUCCACCUCGAAAGAUAAAUAAUAAUAAUAAUAAUAAUAAUAAUGAUGAUGAUGAUGAUGGACAUGUGAAAUAAAGAUUUACCCUUUGUUCUCAGAUGAGUAUGCAAUGAAGUCAUUCGAUGAAGAUGUUCAGAGUUAAUAUUUAUGGCCCACCCAACAGUGCUGGAAGUGUUUUUAUUUGGAUUAGACUGCUCAGACUGCGUCGAAUUCUCUUUGGUAUUGCAUUAGUACGGGUGAUUCUCAUGCUAAAAUUGACUAUGAGUAGCCACCACCAGGGAAAAAGAAAUAGUUUGUCCUGUUAUCAUUUGAACCCCAUUGAAAACUGUGAAAAUUCGUUUCUGUUCUGAAUUUUUUUUCUCGAUUCCAUCCUGAAUUCCCUCGUUUUAGUUAUCUUUGAGGCAACAUGUUCCUUUUCUUUUUUUGUCUUAAACGAAGUAAAUAUCCAGAAGAAUUCUAUUCUGAAGAGAAACUCAUAGGCACUGCUCGUCUUUUCUCACUUGAAGAACUGAAGGUAAUCUCUCUUGCAGAUUUUGGUAUUUCUUUAUGAUCAAGAUGUUUUGACGGAAGACGCUGUCCUCGCAUGGGCAACAGAGAAAGAAGGAGCAGAUGAAUCUGAGAAGGUCCUGCUACAGCAAUCAGAAAGUUUCAUCCAGGUGCGUCUUGAUGUUCUUCACAACUAUCAGAACGAAAAUCUAUAUGACUGAUUAAAUGCGGCUAUUUGUUGAGCUCCUUUUUUUUUUUUUUGGGUCAAUUCUCAUUCCUACCCAGGAUUUAUUCGACUAAAAAUUUAGAUUUUUGUUACUUUUUCUCCUGUAUUCUAAAGCUAUCUAAAUAAUAUUUUUUACAUUUUCUCCUGAUUUAUUAAAUGGUCUCCCCUCUAGAUUUCUUCUAUCUUUCCAUCAAGAUCCAAGAGAGUGCAGAGUACUAAAUUAGGCAAUUGCGUCAAGUUGAUCAAUCAUCACUUUUUCUUGGUACCCAUUUGAAAUCAUGUUUCUUACCAACCCAAUCCGAUCCGGCCUGGUUUCUUGUCAUCAUCAUACUCAGUAGUUCAUAUACUCUGAGGAGAUGCUUCCCUUCCUUCGAAACUCCAGAUUUUCCUCAAUAGCAUACCACCAAGCCAGGCUUCUUUUCAAUGGCAUGGGAACUGGGCAGUGAGACAUUUGUUAUUUUUUAAGGGUGUAUUUCCAAUUUUUUUCUCUGGCGCUGUUCAUCUCACCUUGUCCAGCUGGGAUCAUCACCUUCGGCUCAUUGCCACUUUCGGCAUCAGUUCUAGUGUGCCCAUCCAUGCUCCAACCUGCCUAAUAAUCACUAGUUUUCUGUGAAUAAUGAGUGCCUACCUGCUGUAAUCUGAGCUGGAGACUGAAGCUCAUCUGUGGGCUUCUGUAUCAGAUAAAUGCUUGAUCUCCGGUUGAAUGCUUCUUGUUUCUUUUUGUCAUGGCAUUAAAUGGCUCUUAUGUCUGCAGUGGCUCCAAGAGGCUGAGGAAGAAGACUAA